AUGACCGACGAAGUCAGAACACUUCUAGUACGUCGCGGAUCUGACUUAGUACAGCACAUCGAUUGCAAAUUUGCCGAUGUUGUUCGCUCAGGGACUUCAACGAAAGGCGGUACCCGAAAACUAACCAAAGAGUGGUUCUACAAACCAUUAUCUAACGGCGAAAAGGUUCUCCGAACAUGGAUGGUGUACUCGCCUUCGAAGCAAUCCUUGUAUUGUUUUUGUUGCAAGCUGUUUGGCAAUUCCGACUCAAACUUCGCAUCUGAAGAAGGAUUCAACAAAUGGUGGAAGCUAAAUCCAAGAAUCGGAGACCAUGAAAAUAGCCCGGGCCAUGAGCAGAGCUUCUUGAAAUGGAAGGAGUUGGAAGUUCGCCUGAACCGUAAAGCAACCAUCGAUCAGAAACAACAAGAAGUUUUCGAAAGUGAGGUGAAGAAGUGGAGGGAUGUACUGUACAGGUUGCUGAACAUUAUCCAGUUCUUAGCCAAACAGAAUCUGGCCUUCAGAGGACAUCGAGAAGACAUUCGAGGAGAUGAUAGUGGCAAUCGCGGGAACUUUCUGGAGUUAGUGCACCUCCUAGCUAAAUAUGACCCUCUUCUAAUGGAACACCUGACAAAGAUAAAGCUGGGAGCAAGAGUCCCAGUUUCGUAUCUAUCUCCAGAAACCCAGAAUGAAUUUAUAAACUUACUGGGACAGCAAGUUCGAUCCACCAUCAUCCGUCGUAUUCAAGAAGCUAAAUAUUAUUGCGUAAUCUUCGACAGUACACCAGACAUCUCCCACAAUGACCAAAUGAGCCAAGUUCUGCGAUACGUACAUAUCGAAGGAGAAAAAGUCGCCGUGGUUGAAUCUUUCAUCGACUUCUUUGAACCAAAAGGAAAAAAUGCAGAAGAUCUCAGCAACGAUAUAAUCGCGAAGAUAACAUCAGACGGACUGGACAUACAGAAUCUGAGAGGACAGGCUUACGACAAUGCUGCCACAAUGUCAGGGAUCCACAAUGGAGUUCAAGCCCGGAUUAAAGCCCUGAAUCCGAAAGCUACAUUCGUUGCAUGCACAAACCACUCACUAAACUUGGCUGGGGUACACGCUGCUUCUGAAUCAGUGAAUUCCGUGACGUUUUUUGGAACUCUGGAGAAGCUAUUUGCCUUCUUUUCUGCAUCAACUGCUCGAUGGAACGCUUUGGUUGCCGUCACAGGUCAAGCAGUGAAACGAGUCACUGAAACGCGCUGGAGCGCUAGACAUGUAGCUGUCAAGAUGCUUAAAAAUAAGUUUGAGUUAGUUCUUGAGGUACUGGAAGAAUUAACAGAUUCAUCUCAAACUUCCGAAACAAGAUCAGGAGCCAGUCUUCUCCUGACAGCCAUGCAGUCCUUUAACUUCCUAACUUUUCUUGGCUUUUGGGCUGCAGUGCUACCUGAAGUAGAUGACGCACAGAUUUACCUGCAGCAACGAGGACUAAGUGUCGAUAAGUGUACUCAGAAACUCUGCGCUUUAAAAACCCUCCUAGUGGAAAGUAGAGACCGUUUCGUCCAAGACGCAAUCGACUUUGCUAAGACUCUCUGCGAAAAACUCGGAAUCGAACUAAAAACGAGAAGAAUUCGCAGGAAAAGACGCAUGCAUGAUGAUGAAUCUUUUGAAGAUGCAGCUUUGUCUCACGAGCAGGAACUCCGUCGAGAGGUGUUCGCAUCAUUUGACAAGAUCAUUCAAGAAAUGACGACUCGAUUCCAGCAAAUUCAAGAAAUAUCGGACAAGUUCGGAUUUUUGACGCCAGCGAAUCUUUUGGACAGCAAGUACGAGUGUGAUCUUUCCCAUGUAUUAGAAGACAUCGACAAAGACGAGUUUCAGAUGGAGCGGAAGCGUCUUCAGCAGUUUGUUGCCAGUUCUGAAUCAGAGGAAGAUAAUAUAAGGGGGUGA